CGGUGGUUAAUUGGCACGUUGGUGGCGGCUCCAUUUCCAUAUAACAAGUCAUCCGUCCAACACGCUUCUUUUCAGAUCCAACUAACACAAUGAGUAUGAGAAUGCAAACUUUGAACGAAGAAGAAGAGUACGAUUGGACUCAGAACGAUCCCGCCAAUCGCCGUCCGGCGCGUGAUAUCGUCAUCGCCGUCGAUCAUGGUCCUAAAUCCAAACACGCCUUCGAUUGGACACUCCAACACUUCUGCCGCGUCGGCGACACCAUUCACCUCGUCCACGCCGUGUCUAGUUUGAAGAACAGUAUUGUUCAUGAGGCGUCGGUGACGCUGAUGGAAAAACUCUCGCGCGCUGCUACGCAGAUUGCUAUGGUGAAAAUAGUGACUCGAAUAGUGGAAGGAGAUGCGGGCAAGGCAAUUUGCAAGGAAGCAGAAAGAGUGAAGCCUGUUGCCGUUGUCAUGGGUACAAGAGGCCGGAGCUUAAUGCAAAGUGUAUUACAAGGAAGUGUAAGCGAGUAUUGCUUCCACAACUGCAAAGCAGCACCUGUUAUAAUUGUUCCUGGCAUAGUAGAAGCUGGGGAAGAAUCAGUGGUUUAGUUGGACAAGAGAUAAAUACCUUUAUGAAGAGUUGCUUCUCUGCCACAGUAUGUCUGGAUUUAGUUAAGCGUAGCUGUGAUUGUGAAGUUGUAGUUCUGGUUACAGAUGGUGACUGGUUGCUCAAAUUGAUUGUUUUACUUAUUCAUUUGUACAUUAUAUGUUGAAUAUACUUUUCUUUUUUCUGUAUGCUAUUCUUGCUUAUGGUUCUGUAUAAUUUAUUACUCUAUAGCUUCAUUGGGUAAACCUUGUUAUUUUCCA